AAACUUCAUAUAUUUUAAACGAGAAAAAUUGCUUGUCAACAAUCAAUCAAAGUCAAUUUAAAACACAACUGUCACAAUUUACAUACAACACCAAAGCUUCUUUUUAUUAAUUUUCAAUAAAUCGAUUAUAUCAAGAAAUUAUUUUACAAUGGGUUUCGACUACUACGGCAUAUUAGGUGUCAAACGUUCGUGCAACCAGAGCGAGGUAAAGAAGGCGUACCGACGUCUAGCCCUCAAAUACAACCCGGAACGGCACGACAACGACGAAAACAUGAAAAGAAUCUUCGCUCUCAUCGGCGAGGCUUACGAAGUACUAGUGAACCAUAAACGCAGAGCGGUAUACGAUCAGUACGGGGAAGAGGGGUUGAAAAGGGGUGUUCCAGGCCCCCAGGCGUACAUCCAACCCUACUCCUAUCAUGGGGAACCUUUACGAACCUUCCACGAAUUCUUCGGCACCAGUAACCCUUACGCAGACCUCCUAGAUUACUAUGAAAACCCACCUCCAAUGUUCGAUUCGCCGCUCGGCAAAGGUUAUAAAGAAAAGGACGCUACUAUCGUCCGCCCCCUAGCUUUAACUCUAGAAGAGGUUUACAAAGGAGGUCUAAAGAAGAUGAAGAUACAAAGACUAAUCUUCACAGACGAAUCUUGUUCGGAAUUGAAAUUACGCGAGAAAGUUCUAUCAAUUCCUGUUAAACCUGGUAUAUACCCUAACACAGAGGUGAGGUUUAAAGAGGAAGGUGAUCAGGGUCCAACUAGAAUCCCUGCAGACGUCAUUUUCAUAACAGAAGAUCGUCCGCAUGACACAUAUGUACGGUCAGGUUUGAGCGAUUUAUUAUCAGUCCAUACAGUAUCUUUAGAAGAAGCUUUAUGUGGUAUUACCAUUACGCUAAACACCCUGGACGACAGGGUAUUAAGGAUCAAAAUUAGUGAUGUGAUAACGCCCACGUACGAAAAGAUAAUCGAAGACGAGGGCCUGCCUAUACCCGCGUGUCCUAACAAAGCUAAAGGGAAUCUUAUCUUAAGAUUCCGCAUAGAAUUCCCAGAUUAUUUGUCGAAGAAAAGUAAGACCGCUUUUCAAGAUGCAUUCAAAAUCAAAGCAGAGGAAGAUGAAAAGUUUAAGAAAUUGAAAUGUGGUACGCUGUCGACUACGUCUAUAUUUAAUUAGAUUCAUUAAACAUAUCGAUAUUUUAUUGUUAAAAUGUUAAUUGGUCAUAGUUAUGCCAAGGGAAAUCAAAAGAUGGCAAUAUCCAGAUAACCAAGAAUAUCAUAGAAUUUGUGAGGUCAACCAAAGAAACUAAUUUUGCAUGUGCUUAGCUAAUAAUACCAAAAAUACGGGUUAGUUCCUUCAAGCAUAACUAAGUCCCUAUUAUUAUCAUUUCUUUUUUGAAUCAUCACCAAUUUUCAUUUUGUUACAUCUAGAUAAAAUUAAUUAAAAUAACUAAACAUUUGA